AAUCGAGACAAUCUGCAAGUUGCUGCCGAUGUGCGUUGAAGCUCUCCUAAAAAUCACUUAAAUUUUCAGUGAAAGAUAAACCGUGCAGACUUUUUCGUACCAUUGCACCACUGUUUGUUUAGGGAUAUUACGAUGACUUCGUCCGAGGAUGUGUUGUUGCAAGUCUCAAAUGUACGGUAUCAAAAGAAAACCGGCACACUUUACGUAAUGAACGAAAGACUGGCGUGGAUGAUGGACAAUAGGGACACAGUGUCUGUGAGUCAUCGUUACGCAGAUAUUAAACUACAAAAAAUCAGCCCGGAAGGAAAAGCAAAAAUUCAGCUUCAAGUAGUUCUCCAUGACAAUGCAGCAUCGACGUUUCAGUUUACGAAUGUUGGUGGACAAGCUGAGCAAAUUAGAGAACGAGACAGUGUCAAGGACCUUCUGAUGCAACUCUUACCCAAAUUUAAGAGAAAAGUCAAUAAGGAGCUGGAGGAGAAAAACAAGCUGCUAACAGACAACCCAACACUCCUCCAACUGUACAAGGAUCUUGUGAUUUCUAAAGUUAUUACCUCAGAAGAAUUUUGGUCACAGCAUGCGCCAAAAUACGUGAAGGAGAAUGUGGGCAACAAACAGCCAAUAGGCGUGUCUGGAGCUUUUUUGGCUGAUAUUAAGCCACAAACUGAUGGAUGCAAUGGCCUUAAGUACAAACUAACUUCAGAUAUUAUCGAGUCAAUCUUCAAAACAUACCCAGCAGUGAGAAGGAAGCACAUGGAAUACGUACCUCACAAGAUGUCCGAAUCCGAGUUCUGGACCAAAUUUUUCCAGUCGCACUAUUUUCACAGAGACCGGAUCCACUCUGGCAAUAAAGAUAUUUUUACAGAAUGUGCCAAAAUUGAUGACCAAGACAUGGACAAAGAAAUUGACUCGGGCAUCAAAGAUCCUCUAGUUGAUAUCAACAGCUUUGGUGAUACAACUUUUGGCGAGGGCUUUGGAGUGGGAUCCGACACUCCUGCCAACUCGCACACAGGCAACAUUGUCCAUCAGAAUAUGAUCAAAAGGUUCAACCAGCAUUCCUUCAUGGUGCUCAAAGCAUGUCAGCAUUCAAUAACAGAAAAUGGAACUGCUGAAAAUGGCCAAAAAGAUGCGCACACCUCAAGUACAGUGGCAAAACAUGACGGUGAUGAUGAAGAUGUGACAGUUACUAAAAAGAGACGCAUCCAGGAGAAGUUGACUUAUGAUGAUCUGGAAAGUUCUACCUCCAAUGUAGCUGCUUGCCUAAAUUUGUCUCGUGUGGAUCGCUACUUGCAUGGACCAAUCAUGGAUACCAACUCAAGUGCCGAUGUCCCUGCAGAAAAAGUUAGCUCAUCCGUCAUGCGGGAGCUUAUACGAUUGAUGGAAUCACCACUUGGAUCUUCCCACCAAAACCCAGCGGCCUUAAUCACUCCUGCUCUUGCGAUCAACGCAGUCGGAGAACUCUCUCCAGGUGGUUCCUUGAUGAAAGGCUUCCAACACGAAGCGUCGGCAAGCAUGACUCCUGCGGACAUUGAGACUGACCUCAAAACCCUGUAUCUGUCUGUGUGUGAACUGCUGAGGCACUUUUGGGCGUGCUUCCCUCCAACAACCCCUCAAUUAGAGGAAAAGGCGACCACCAUGCAUGAAACUCUGCACCGCUUCCAUGCAGCCAAGCUCAAACCGUUCGAAGAUCGUGUCAUUCGGGAGUGCAGUCCUCUAAGCCACAACAUAACUAGUCACUUGAACCAAUUACUCAACUCGGCAUACAGAAAAUUUGCCAUAUGGCAACAGCGCAAGAUGCAGCACUUCAGAUAGCACAACAGCCCAAUGAUUGAAUCAAACUUAUUGAAGAGAAUUAUAUUUUUUACUAGAACACAAAAGAAGUGGUUUGACAUGAACUGUUUUGAUUGUGGUUGGACAGAGUGUGACCAAAUUAUUAAAUUCUCUUGGAUCUUGUAUAAUUAUUUAA